AGCAAAUCCAACACCAAAAUGAUCAAGACCGCGCUAAUCAUUUCCCUGUUCCUGGUGGCCGCCAUCCGGGCUGCAGACGAAUCUCAGGCCGAGACCACCAAGUACCGCAACGAGAUCAAGCCGGAUGGCUCAUACAGCUGGGAAUACGGAACGUCCAACGGCAUCGAUGCCCAGGAGAGUGGAGUGGGUGGAGUCCAAGCUGCCGGAUCCGUGAGCUACGCUGCUCCCGAUGGAACACCCAUCCAGCUGGAGUACACUGCCGAUGAGAACGGAUAUCGUCCUACUGGUGCUCAUCUGCCCACGCCGCCUCCCAUUCCUGAUUACAUCCUCAAGGCUUUGGCCUACAUCGAAGCGCAUCCAUUCCAGAGGAUUCAGCUGAAGAAGUAGUCCUUAAAAACAAAAAAUAGAUUUAAUGUAGCAAAAUUAUUAUACAAACAAAAUAAACCAAGUUUAAGAG